AUGGCUGAGAAACACUCCUCAUCAUCCCUUGGGAUUUUUUCUAGGAAAUCUAUGUUUUGCUUGUUUUCGUUCUCCUCUGCCCUGUUUGCGUUGUCUUGGUUUUUUGUGUUGCGUUCCACCGGCAGUGCUGGAUUUAUUGACCUUAGCUUGUUACCUCGUCCUAAGCUUAGUUCUGUGAUUGAUAAUGGCAAUUAUGCAUCCUGGAAUCGCAAUGAUGUUGAACCCUCAACUGGAAAUCAAGCACGAGCAAUUCUUGUAGACAAUGAAGGAGAUGAAGGAGAAGAAGAAAAAUCUCAAAAGGAAGAUGGUUUAGGAGAUGUGAAAUGCAACAGUUUCGAUAAUAAUUGCAAAGAAGUUCUUAAGGUUUUCAUGUAUGAUUUGCCUUCUGAGUUUCAUUUUGGACUCUUGGAUUGGAAACCUCAGGGGGAUAGUGUUUGGCCUGAUCUUAGAGCUAAAGUGCCUGAAUAUCCGGGUGGGCUGAACUUGCAACAUAGUAUUGAAUAUUGGCUUACAUUGGAUGUUCUUGCUUCAGAGAUUCCUGGCAUUUCUAGAGCUGGUAGUGCAGUAAGAGUUCGAAAUUCUAGUGAAGCUGAUGUUGUAUUUGUGCCAUUCUUUUCUUCUUUAAGUUAUAACCGAUAUUCCAAGGUGAAUCCACACCAAAAGAAGAGCAAGAACAAAUCAUUGCAAGAAAAGUUGGUCAGGUUCGUGACUUCUCAAAAAGAAUGGAAGAGGUCCGGGGGGCGAGACCAUGUUAUUUUGGCUCACCAUCCAAAUAGCAUGCUGGAUGCAAGGAUGAAGCUAUGGCCGGCAAUGUUCAUACUUGCAGACUUUGGGAGGUAUCCUCCAAACAUAGCAAAUGUUGGCAAAGAUGUGAUUGCACCAUACAAACAUGUAAUUAGAAGCUACGCCAACGACUCAUCUAACUUUGACAGCCGCCCAACUUUGCUGUAUUUUCAAGGAGCCAUAUACAGGAAAGAUGGUGGUUUUGCUCGGCAAGAAUUAUUUUAUCUUCUAAAAGAUGAAAAAGACGUGCAUUUUCAGUUUGGGAGUGUACAAAAGGAUGGAGUGAACAAAGCUUCUCGAGGAAUGCACUCCUCCAAGUUCUGCCUUAACAUAGCAGGUGACACACCGUCGUCAAACCGCCUCUUUGAUGCCAUUGCUAGCCACUGUGUUCCGGUCAUCAUCAGUGAUGACAUAGAGCUCCCUUAUGAGGAUGUCCUUGACUACUCUCAAUUCUGCAUAUUUGUUCGCACGUCAGAUGCUGUCAGAGAAAAGUUCCUUGUAAAUCUUAUCAGGAGUAUUAAGAAGGAUGAAUGGACUAGAAUGUGGCAGAGGUUGAAAGAAGUAGAAAAUUUCUUUGAGUUUCAAUACCCAUCAAAGGAAGGUGAUGCAGUUCAAAUGAUAUGGCAGGCUGUAGCGAGAAAAGUUCCUGUAAUUAGGUUGAAGGUACAUAAGUUUAGGCGAUUUUCACGUUUUGGCACCCAUAAAGAUGGAGAGUUAAGAAAAAUACCAAUACCUAGUGUUGAUAGAUUAAGAUCCUUAUUUGAAGAAGAAGAGUAUAAUGAGUCACCACUGGCAAUAGCAUCAUCAGCGUGGCCAGGAAGUCCUGCUCAGUGGUAUUACAAUGACCUUGCUGGGUUUAGAAGUUUUGCAUCAACAAAGGGCCUUUUAAAUUCAAAACGACAAUCUUCCGUUGUCGUCCAUGCUAAAGCGAAAACAAAAGCUAAUGAGAAAGCAAAGGCAUCACUACCUCUUUCUUUCCCUGUCACAGCCACUGUAGAAACAGUAGUAGAAGAAGAAGAAGCAGAGGAAUUUGAUGCUGUCAACAUAGCAGAGGAUGUCACCCAGUUGAUAGGGAGAACACCAAUGAUAUAUCUUAACAAAGUUACAGAGGGCUGCGUUGCGAAUAUUGCUGCUAAACUUGAAUCUAUGGAACCUUGUCGAAGUGUCAAGGAUAGAAUUGGUUAUGGUAUGGUGUCUGAAGCUGAAGAAAGUGGAGCAAUUUCUCCUGGGAAGGUAGUCGGAGUGGAGCCUGCUGAAAGGAGUAUAAUCUCUGGAGAAAACUCAGGUUAUGUGCCAAACAUCUUAGAUGUUAAAUUGCUUGACGAGGUUGUCAAGGUCACAAAUGACGAAGCUGUUGAAAUGGCAAGGAGAUUGGCUUUGGAGGAAGGUUUACUGCUUAAUUUUAAUCCUGGCUGA